AUAUACACACACAACACAAAUACACACCAUACGGAAAACUACAUCACUACUACUCAGCACUGCAGUGAUACUCGUAGGAGAAAAUUGAAAUGGCACAGGCUGAUAGAUGGUCUCUUCAGGGAAAGACCGCUCUUGUUACUGGUGGAACUAAAGGAAUUGGGUAUGCUAUUGUGGAGGAAUUGGCAGGGCUGGGGGCGACUGUAUAUACAUGUUCCCGAAAUGAAGCUGAUCUUAAUCGAUGCUUAAGCGAUUGGGAAAAGAAGGGUUUCCGCGUCGCCGGUUCAGUCUGUGACCUUACGUCUCGAACCCAACGAGAGGAGCUCAUGAACAAAGUUUCCGAUCAAUUUAAAGCCAAACUCGAUCUCCUUGUAAACAACGUGGGAACCAACCUUCCGAAACCAACAGUAGAGUACACAGCCGAAGAUUUCGCUUUCACCGUGAGUACCAAUCUUGAAUCUGCUUACCACGUGUGCCAACUUGCACAUCCUCUUCUGAAAGCAUCAGGGGCAGGAAGCGUGGUUUUCAUUUCUUCUGCUGCUGGAGUGGUGUCUGCACAAAGUGGCUCUAUUUAUGAAGCAACUAAAGGAGCAAUAAACCAACUUACUAGAAGUUUGGCAUGUGAGUGGGCAAAAGACAACAUUAGGACUAACUGCAUUGCGCCUUGGUGGAUCAGAACUCCCCUCCUUGAUUUUGUGUUUUCUAAUGAACAGAUUAUGCAAGCUUUAGCUUCACGAACUCCUCUCAGACGCCCCGGCGAGCCGAAGGAGGUUUCAUCGUUGGUGGCAUUCCUUUGCCUCCCCGCAUCCUCUUACAUAACUGGACAGACUAUUUCUGUUGAUGGAGGGAUGACCGUGUGUGGCUUCUAAGACCAUGACUUUUGGCAACAGCAUAAGACCGACCUCUCUACUUAGUAUUUUGAAACAGAAAAAUUUCCACUUUAGAUUUCCCUGUAUGUUUUUUGUGCUCUCGUGACAGCUUGUGGGAUUCAAUCGGAGAAUAAUGAAGAUAUAGUUCUUAAAA